CAUGAGAACAUGAGUCUUCUCAGGCAUCUAUCGAUCAUUUUCUUCUGUUUUGAAGUCGCUGUAUAUUGUCAGUAUGAGAUGCACCAGAUGGACCAUGACUACGACGAAGAGAGUGAUGAUGAAUAUUCGCCUCCGUUUUAUUUCCAUUCCAAUCGAGAUUAUGGGAUUGCCGCUUACCCAGGUCCUCUGGGCUGUGCUCCAGAAUGCUCCUGCCCACUGACCUUCCCAUCUGCCAUGUACUGUGACAGGCGCAAGCUUAAGGCCAUCCCAAGGAUCCCCACACACAUUCAACAGCUCUACCUUCAGUUCAACGAGAUAGAGGCCGUGACGGCCCAUCCAUUUGCCAAUGCUUCUAACCUGAGAGAAAUCAACCUCAGCCACAACAGAAUCAAGUCUCACAAGAUUGAACACGGCGUGUUUGCCAAACUUCCUCAUCUCUUACAACUGCAUUUGGAUCACAACGAUUUAGAAGAUUUUCCAUUUCCUCUUCCUAAUUCUUUAGAAAGACUUCUUCUUGGGAACAAUGAGAUCUCUAGAGUGGAGGCGAAUGCCAUGGAAGGAUUACUAAAUCUAACCAUGCUGGACCUCUGCCACAAUCAGCUGCAUGACUCUUCACUGAAAGAAAAACUUUCCCACAUGAGCAAAUUGAUGCAACUCAAUUUAUGUAGCAACAGAUUGGAGUCAAUGCCUCCUGACUUACCUUCAUCACUUAUGCAUCUGUCUCUAGAAAAUAAUUCCAUUUCUCUCAUACCAGACAACUACUUCAAAAAAUUCCCCAAGCUCCUUGCCCUGAGAAUAUCGUACAACAACCUGCAAGAAAUUCCAUAUGACAUUUUUAACAUUUCCAGCCUUGUAGAGCUCAAUGUUGGACAUAACAAACUGAGGCAAGCAUUCUACAUACCAAGAAACUUGGAACAUCUGUACAUGGAAGACAAUGAAUUUGAACACAUAAACAUCACCCUGAUGUGUCCAUCCAUUGAUCCAAUCCAUUAUCGACACUUGACCUACAUUCGCCUGGACCAAAAUAGGCUAAAAGAACCAAUAAGCUCCUAUGUCUUCUUCUGCUUCCCUUAUAUCCACAGUGUUUAUUAUGGUGAACAAAGAAGACCUGAUGGGCAAAUGGUGCAGCUGAAGACGCAAGUGUUCCGCAGGUUUCAGGGUGACGAUGAAGAAGAAGAAGACGAAGGAGGAGACGGAGAAGGGGAUGAGCCUGAGGGGCAGGAGCAAGGAAGAACAGAAGAGAAUUUUGGUCCUUACUUCUAUUAA